GAGUUACGGUACCCAGCGUCAUGCUACCGGAAAGGCCAUCCCGUUGUCCCCUUUGUAAGCUAACCCACCGAUUGUGUCGCGCUACUUUCCAACAUAAUUCUCGGCAGCAGCAAAGUGAAACAUGUCCACAGACAUGCCGCCGGGGAGCUUGAAUCUGGAGUCCCAGCUUUUGUCCAUAAUGGACGUGCUAGUGAAAGCGGCGGUAACGGAAAUCAGUCAGCUGUUCUCGGAGAGCUCGGCGUCUCUCCGCCUGCAUUUAACCCAGAGCCUAAAGGAAAACGAAUCUCUGAGGAUGAGGAUGAAGGUGAUGAGGAGUGAGCUCUUCUCCCUCAGACUGCAGACCAGGACGAACCGGCCGGCCAGCCGCUUUUCCCCGAUCAGAGGAAACAUCCCCAAACCACCACGGGCUAGAUCACAAGUUGUCAUUAAGCCACCAGUGGCUCAAAAGACUGUUGUGGAAGCUCCUUCUAUUUCUCCACAAUCCGAGAACAAGACUUCCUCCUCUGCUGCUCGAGCGAAUUGUCCAGAUGUGGAGAGCCCAGAUGUCAUCCUGAUUAAAGAUGAAGAUGACGUUGGAGGAUGUGAGCCAGUUGUAGGUCAUGAUGACUUUGGAAACCACAAUACACAGGGUGGUUGUGCCACAGGGACUCAGAAUUUAGAGUCGUCCUGCCUGACAGGUAAUCAUGAGGAGCUGAGAAUCUUGAGUGUUCACGGACGAGGAGAAGGGCCUCUGCAGGAGGAGAGCGACACCCUCUUCACUGCCUCUGAACUCCAAGCUUUUAGCUCUCUGUCUCCUAACCACAACGUCACCCAUGACACUCUCCUGAAUUUCACCACUGGUGCCAAUGACAGAGCCCAGAUGAGAGGGAUGCUGGAUAACAGUGUUGGACUGGGAAGAAACAGCCAAAUGGAAAGAAAUCCUUCCACACAAAUGGCUUCAACAGCAUUGGGCCCUGCAAUAAAAACACCAGUCGUAGGAGCUGAUGGUCAUGUGGGGCACCCCAGUCAUGUUAGCCAGUUCCCUCAGCAGCAGAACGUCUUCUCCAACACCGUCAACAAAUCCCUGGACUGCAGCUUCUGUGGCGAGCGCUUCCUAAGCCGUGAAGACCUGAUUGUGCACCGGGCAAGUCACACCGGGGAGUCGCCCGUUUUGUGUUCGUUUUGCGGCAAGUCGUUCGUCAACAAGACCACACUAAGCAUCCACAUGCGCAUUCACACCGGGGAGAAGCCGUACGCUUGUAUGCAGUGUGGGAAACGCUUCACGCAGAACGGCAGCCUGAAGAUCCACCUGAGGACUCACUCUGGAGAGAAGCCGUACACCUGCAGUCAGUGCACCGCCAGCUUCAACAACCCUAGCAACCUGCGCAGGCACAUGAUCACACACAACGCCAACGGAGUGCUCUGACCAUGAAAGAUACACACGUUUUUCAGCAUGUGCUUUUACUGACACUUGUGUCACAGUGUGUGUGUUUUGGGAAAAUGUGGUUCCUGUGGCAGUAUCUCAUGGUCUUGUUUGUGUUUCUUGUUUUUUCACUUCACAAGGAACUUAUUCACGUCACAUGUACUUAAUAACCCUACACUGAUCUAGACAACUGCCCAGUAAAAUCAAAGGACUGUUGUGGUUCAAAAUAUGGACUCAAACAAGCAUGGUAUCUGUUCAAUAUGGCGAGACUUGCAUUCUUUAAAAUUUUUUAAACAACCUUAAAAACUAAAAUGCCUUUUUAAUUUUCUUCCCUCGAGGGACUGCUAGAGUUAAAUGUGUUAUACUGUCUGAAAAGCAGACAAACGUGGAUGCCUCAUUGAUCGUUCCAAAAAAGGGUACAGUAUCUUAAUUUAAGUAGAAUUUGAUAAAUGCUCUCAGUUUUUUACCCUGACAUGACAUGCAUACUAUACUAGCUCAAUGCUAGAUUAUUCAGUGAGCAAGUUACACUUAGUAUUAGUGAUUCUCGCAGUUGCCAUUUGACUUGUAAGCUGAAGCCAUGAGGAUUUUUUCCUAUCGUUACUGGAGGAAAGCCAAUGCAGGGCAGAGUGGGACUUGGAUGGCUAAGCGUGCAACAGAUUCAGAUAUGGACGCAGAGAUAUGGACAGUGACACUGAUGUAAAGAAGAAACAUGGUAUAGUUAGGGAUGGGAGAUAUGGAUAAAACCUGUUGUUUUAUAUUACAAUAUUGAUACAUAUUGUGAUCUAGCAAAUACAAAUGUAAAUGUUUAUGUGUUUAAAAAAACAUAAAGGAGAACUAAUCAAGGUAAUGAAAUGCCUGACAAAUUAAGAUGUCACAUUGAUCUAACAGCCCUGUUAGUCCAAUAUUGCAAUAAAACAGUCCUGCUUAUUUAUUUGACCACAUCAGCCUGAUGCAAACAUUCAAGUGAAAAAAACAUGGUGUAACUGGUCAGGCAAUAUGCAGUCAUGCUAUGGGUCACAAAUGUCUAUCGUCACGAUAUAUACUGCCAUAACGCCCAGGUACAAUAAAAAAAUGUUACAAUAGCGCUAACUUAAAAUGUUUUCACAUGUUUUAAAAGUCUGCAGAGAUACAAGCAAUUUAGCAGACCAAAUACACCCCAGAUACACUGACUAAAUUUCUGACUUGGAUCUGAACAUAGUAACUAAUUAGGAGUUUAAAACGUCUGUACUAUUUACUGAGCAGCAUUCCAGGCAUAUUGAGAAUGCCAUUUUACCCAUCUUUAAUUUCUGUAUAUGUGUGUGUGCGUGUGGUUUAUCUUAAAAAGCAAACCUACCUCCAGUGUGCAGCUAUUCUUUCCUCUUUUGUACUUCCCGGAGAGUUUCAGACUCUGCAAUAAUCAAUUCAAUGUGGAUUCUGUCUGUGGAUUUAUAAUCUGGAUACUGAAUUGUGAAUAAAUAGUAGUUUUUUUAAAUCA